UUGGAGUGCCCCGUUUAGUCCGAUAUUUUCAGAAAUACAAGCUGACAGUCCUCACCCUGCAUUUCAUCCACCUUUUAACAAACCACCUAGUCCACGUGUACGUGCCAUGAAAGGCUUUAAUAGCAGAGAAUUUCGUAGCCUAAAAAAUUUCAUUUUAGAGCAUUAAUUGCUUGGGUACAAAUUCCUCUAUUAGGAUUACAUACAACAUUGACAUUAUCUAAGCUGACCAACUGUAUCCCAAAAAGAUCUUAGCGGAUUCUUCUAGAGCAGGAACCAUACUUUCAAAACACUUUGUUUUAACACUUUUCAAAGUGAUGCUUUAUUUUUAUUUUUAAAAUGGGGUCAAUGGGCACUGACACAUGUCAAAGGUCAUCUUGACUUCUGAUUCACAAAGCAAAAUUUCCACAACAUCAGUGAAAAGAGCAUAUUUCUUCUGAUUACUUUGAUACCACAUUUGCAUUUAUUUGAUAAAAAUGAGAGGGUUACGUUUCACUUUUACGAAAAGGGUGGAUUUAUAAGUGACAACUGUCCCUUUUAGUUGAUUGUGCUAAAAAUUGGUAGGUAUUUAUUAUUCAUUGACAGCAAUUUUUAUCAAACUCUGAAGACCUCCCAAGGUCAAAAAGUGUGUUGGUCUGACACGGAAUGACCCACUUCGUUUUAUGCCCCCCCCCAUUUUUAAUAUUUUGCCCUUGCACAGGUCUACGGCGACUCGUGCGCUGACCAGAAACUGGAUACUUUUUUUGGGGGGGGGCCUAAAGGAAUGAGGUAACACUGUAUAACAGCUGUACGUUCCAGGUAGUGUCCUCUUUGCGUUGUGGUGUUAGUAGGUCUUGCACAGCUCCUGAUCUGGUGAUCUCUGUUUUUGUUUGAUUGUUUAGUUUGUUUUAUCCCCCCCCCCAUUUUGGAAUAUAUUAGAGUGUACAAUUAUGGUUUCUUGGGCUACAGAUCUGGCUGCAUGCAUGCUUUGGAACGUUCCUUCAGAAAUACUUUGUAAAAUUUUGUGCCGUUACAAUAUCCAAUUACACUGUUAAUCUAACUUUCAUGCAUCUGAACUACAUAUACUCGAAAAAUGCACGGACUCAUAAAGACACCUGAAUUCAAUUCCAAGCCAUUCCCCGUCAAUCAGUGAUUUCUGAUGAAAAAAAAGAGGAUGGGCAAACUGGAUCCACCAGGGAUAGGAUACUCUAUAGUGCGAGUAUGGGCCAUUUAAGAAUGAGUUGACAGUUGCAGAUUCUGCUCGUGUCGGUCGGAGUUGACCUUUUAGAUUCACCCGCGUUUUGUGUAGUUGAAAAGAUUAAUUGAUGUACCCAACCUGUGACAAAGGGGGCCGCAAAUGUGAUGUAGAAGCUGUAUACUCAAGGUAUACUGCACCCUCGCCCCUCCCCCACCCUCGCCAACUCUGAAAGGAAUGUCCCGAGCUGCAACAAUAACGGGGGGCUGAGCGUGCACACGUGUCUGCAGACUUGAAUCAAGACUAGGCCUAUUCUGGCCUUACCACAGAGUACUGAAAAUGGUAGCCGUCCACAAAGUCAUUUAGUUCUCGAUAAGUUUAGUUUUGUAUGACAAUUUCAGAUUAAUAUGUUGGCCUCUUAAUGGAUAAUGAUAAAUACAGUUUUCUGAGGUAGCCAUAUGAAGUGGGGCUUCGUCAGUAAUUUAUAUUCUUUAGGCUGUGGCGCAUGAACCCACGUACUACUGUCUGCGAACGGGUCUUACAACAUCCAACUUUCAUACGCGCACGCGUAUACCCGGUCCUGUCUGGAAAGAAGGCCAAGAGGGUGGCAGUGCUCACAAGGACAACUGUCCUUUUGUUGUAGGUGUACAUCUGUACCUUUUUCGAUUUGGCAACAUUUAGGCGUUGUUUAGAACUGUCGAUUGUCAUGGCUAGCAGAGAGGGCAUGCAGAGAUGGGCGGGGCGUGUUGCCUUGGUAACAGGAGCCUCUUCUGGUAUCGGUCAAGCCACAGCGAAGGCGCUUGCCAAACAGGGCAUGAAAGUGAUCGGCUGUGACAGGGACAUCAAACCAGUUGAGGAUGAUGCUCAGGUGUUAUCACGGGACAGCACUGUUACUGGUUCCUUGUAUGCAAUUAAGUGCGAGUUGUCGCAGGAGGACGAAAUCCUCGCGAUGUUUGCCGAGAUCAAAGAGAAGUUUGGUGGUGUGGAUGUCUGUAUCAGCAACGCAGCACUUAGUCAUUCUGGUUCAAUAAAUUCGGGAAUGGGAAUACUGAAUGGAGAGACGGCCAAAUGGCGAGACAUGCUGAACGUCAACAUCUUGGCUGUAGCAAUUUGUUGUCGAGAGGCUGUGAAACAAAUGGAGGAAAAGGGGGCAAUGGACGGUCAGUUGUUAGUGACCAACAGUUUGACUGGCCACCGAUUGUCCGCAAGACAAAUCCAUUUCUAUGGCGUCACCAAGCACGCCGUGACUGCCUUGGUGGAAGCUAUCCGACGGGAAUUGAGAGAGAAGAAGAGUCGUAUUAGAAUUGCGCAAGUCUCGCCUGGGUUAGUACGUACAAGAUUUCAAGAGCACAUGUAUCCCAAGGACGAUCCUGAAGAGGUCCACGCUGUGAUGUACAAAUCGUUGGAGGUCUUGAAAGCAGAGGAUAUCGCUGACAAUAUGCUCUACAUACUGCAAGUUCCACCCCAUGUUCAGGUUCAUGAUAUCCUUGUGCGAUCAACGGAGCAGCAAUCUUGAAGAACCCACAGGAGACCGAAUGACGGAACUUUCUUUCAAGAGGGCUUAGUGUAUUACCUUAAAAAUUUCAACCACCGAUUCGGUCGUUUGUCUUUAGUUUCUCAGGUAGUGGAAGUUUUAAACAUAUCUAUGGUAUUAACUGUGCAAUUGUUAUUUUUAUGAAUUUUCUUUAACGUGAGUUUUACAGUGAUCUUACGAUUCACUCGAAAUUGAAUUGAUGGAUGUUUCUUAAUUGUCACUAUUUAUGCAUUAUAUAAGAAUGUAUAUAAAGGGAGUGGAAUGCGUCUACUGCAAUGAAUAACAGACUGGUUGCGUGUUAGAUUAACGUUAAAUCAAAUGCAGUUUAGAUUGCUCAGUCAUGCUAUCCUAAAAUCCAUAUCUGUCCAUGUCAAGUUGAUAUUUAGGGUAUCUUAAAAAAGGAAACCGAGAUUAACUUUGUGGCCCCACGCAUGAACCUGAUAUGCCACAUUUUCAAACUUUCUGAGUUAGCUGCAUGAAUGUGUAGAGUAAGAUCAUAUCCUUUUUUGCGAGGCUGCCCUAUUUUUGAAAUACAGAGGGCGGUAUUAUUCUGACCAAACAGAAAAUUCCAAGAAGCGCAAACUUUAACUAGAUUUUUCUCAGUUUCAUAUCUGUGUGGCUUGUCAGGUUCACGCAUGGGGCCACAGAACUAAUCUGUUCCUUGAAUGUGACUUAUUAUACUUGGACUCUUUAAUGUAUGAAACUCGAGACGCAACCUUUUCUGUUUCUUGCCACAGCUUCAAUCAUUCUUCAAACCUAUUUGCUUGAUACCGAAUUUGUUUGGGCAAACUGGUAUCAGAAACAUGGGCUAACAGGCCCGAAACACAUCAACUACACACUCAAUGGACGCUCAGUUCCCAUGUACAUCAAUUUCCAUUGGCACCCAGGCUAAUUAGUAAUUCAGCGGGCACGUAGGCCCAGGAGCAGUAUUUCCGGGGUACAGUCAUGGUUCGCUAUGGAACACCCAGCACACCCAACCCACAUGGGUAUAAGAGGGAGUGGCUAACCCCUUACAAACAGUGUAAAAACACACAUCCAUAUGAGAAACAAUAUCCACUGUUAACGGUAACCAUAUUAAUAAUAAUAAUACGUGUCAAAUCAUGUAUGUAUUAGGAGAUGGCUGUCCCCGCAUCCUGUUAGAAAACGCCAUUUCUAAAGGAAAUGUGGUAGACAAGGUCGGGGCUGUAUACCAGGCAAAAUAUGGGACGGAGGGGUACCCCCCCUUACCUGUCCAAUCCCUAUACACACUGUAGACUAUUGUUACCUAACA